AUGCCUAACGACCCAUCACCAGCCCAGACUGCCAUUACUAAGGCCGUUGUCCGACAGAUUUUGACAUGCCUGCCUCUGGAAGAAAUGGAAGGCGGCAUGACGACCAUAGCCGACGUGCAGCGUAUCGGAGAAGCAAAACUGGAUGAUGCGAUCAGAGGCUAUAUCGGCGGCGGUGCUGGUGAAGAACAAACCUUGAGAGAUAAUAUCACCGCAUUCAGAAGAUUCCGCUUCCGGCCUCGCGUCCUUGUCGACGUUUCUAUGCCCAGCACCAGCACUGUUGUUCUUGGAGAAACGAUUGCGGUUCCUAUCGGACUGGCACCAACGGCAGCCCAAAGGAUCGCACACGUUGAAGGAGAAAUCGCUGCAGCGCAAGCGGCACAGAAAGCCCGUACGCUGAUGAUACUGAGUUCCAUGAGCUCCACAACGAUCGAAGACGUGAGAGCUAGUGCGCCCGACCUGCUCCUCUGGCAGCAGAUCUACCUAUUUCGCAAUCGCUCCCUGACGGAGUCACUUGUGAGGAGAGCCGAGAACCAAGGGUUUGCCGCCAUCGUCGUCACCGUGGACUCGUCCAUCCCUGAACAGGCUGUCGUCGCCGCCAAAAGCCGAUUCCGUCUUCCAAAUGGCGUUACCCUUGCCAAUCUCGAGGCUUCGCUUCCCGGUCACUGUUUCAGUUACGAUGCGAGCAGUGAAGGAUAUCUUCCAAAAUACCGCUCAGCCUCAGUUACAUGGGAUGACGUGCUGUGGUUGAGAAGCAUCACAAGCCUACCUAUAGUUGCCAAGGGCAUCAUCACAGCCCAAGCUGCCAUCGAGGCUCUCAAUCAUGGUGCCGCGGCAGUUAUCGUCUCAAAUCAUGGCGGCCGCGUUCUGGAUGGAACGCCAGCAGCGGUAUGGUAA